CCUCAGAUCUUCCACCCGGAGACCACCGACAUCUACGACAAGAAGAACAUGCCCAGGGCGGUGUACUGCCUGCACGCGCUCAGUCUGUACCUCUUCAAGCUGGGGUUGGCCCCGCAGAUCCAGGACCUGUCCGGGAAGGUGGACUUCACCGAGGAGGAGAUCAGCGACGCGGGGCGGGAGCUGGAGAAGCUGGGGCUGCAGCUGCCCGCGUUCGGCCGCAUCGGGGGCAUCCUGGCCGAUGAGCUCUCGCUGGAUGAGGCAGCAGUGCACGCGGCCGUGCUGGCCAUCAACGUGGCGGUGCAGCGCGGGGACGCGGCGCAGACCAUGGAGGCGCUGCUCCACCCCGGGGCGAUGCUGCGGGGGCUGCGCACGGCGCUGGCGGCCACUUACCAGGAUGUGCUGUGCGGGGCUCAGAGGGAGAAGGGCGGCCGCAGGGAGUGGGUCCCAGAGGAGGGGGAGGACAUCUACACCUGCUGCCUGACGCAGGCGGAGAUCCAGGGGAGCAUCAGCAGGGCCAACGUGCACGCAGCUCUGGAGGAGGUGGACGACGCUGUGCAGAGAGGGGAUGCGCUGCUGCUGCACCGCGCGCUGCAGGACCCCGCGCUGAGCCUCCCGCGCCUCCAGCGGGACGACCUGCAGCUCUGCCUGGAGCAGCUCCGAGUGCAGCGGCAGCAGAAGGCUCUGGAGCUGGGCUACGUGGAGCUGCUGGAUGAGGAGGAGGUGGCCGUGGGCAUCCAGGUGGCCAACGAGAGGGGAGAGGAGGAGCGAGCCACGCUGCGGGCUGUGAGCGCCAUCAACGCGGCCAUCCGGCGGGGGAUCCCGGCCGCCACGCUGCAGGCGCUGCUGGAGCCGUCGGCGCAGCUCCCAGCCGCGCUCCCCCACGCUGCCGCGCUCUACCAACAGCAGCUGGCGCUGCUGCAGCGCCAACACCCGAGGGGCGAGCUGCUGCACGAGGAGCUGUUUGUGGCCGUGGAGAUGCUCUCGGCCGUGGCGUUGGUGAACAGAGCUCUGGACGCCGGGAACCCCGAGGAGCUCUGGGCUGCGCUGCUCAGCCCUGCGCUGGGGCUGUCGGGUGUGGAGGAGGAGAAUGCGCGGCGGUACUUCGACUCCUUGCUGCAGCUGAAGGACCGACGCAGGAAAGCCGGGGCGGAGUUCCUGAGCUGGACCGACAUCCAGGACGGCGUGAACGCCACCAACUCCUCGGUGCGAGACGAGAACGACCGGCUGCUGGCGGUGCGGCGCAUCAACGCGGCGCUGCGGCUCGCGGACCCGCGUAGGACCUUGGCGGCGUUGCUGCUGCCCGCGGCCGCUCUGCCCGACGUGCUUCCGCCCAAUGCCCAGCGCUACCACCGCGUCCUCGGCCGCGCGCGGGCGGCCAAAGCCCAGGCCACCGGGGACGGCGGAGCUGAGCUGUGGUGGGAGGAGAUCGAGCGCGGGGUGCGUGCGGCCAACGAGGAGACGGCGGCGGCGAGGCGCAUGGCUCUGGGCACGGCCGCCAUCAACCAGGCCAUCAGGGAAGGGCGGGCGGCGCAGACGCUGCGGGUGCUGCGGAACCCGGACGUGGGGCUGCGCGGUGUGCGGGACGCCUGUGCCGCGGGCUACCAGGAGCAGCUGCAGGCGCUGGCGGCCACCAAGAGGCCGACGGGGAGCACCAAACCCCGCUGGGUGCGGCACCGCCUGCGGGACGGCUCCGAGUUUUACCUGAGCCUGCAGAGCUUCGAGGGCAGCUGGGAGCGGCCGGGCGAUGGGGAGCUGUGUGCCACGCACCUGAGCCGGGAGGAGAUCCAGUCCAUCGUCACCCAAGUGAGCGCAGCCCACGACCGGCAGCUCCUGUGGGCGUCCCACGAGGCGGCCGUGCUGCGGCUGCAGGCCCUCCUGCGCGGCUUCCUGGCACGGCGGCGAUUCGCGGCCCUGCGGCGGCAGCAGAAGGCAGCUGUGAGGAUCCAGGCCUGCUGGAGGGGCUACCGGCAGCGCAAGGCUUACCUGCAGCGCCUGCGCUUCCUGCGAGCCCACGUGGAUGCCGUGAUCAAGAUCCAAGCGGCUGUGAGGAUGUGGGGGGCUCGGAAAAGGUACCAGGAGAGGCUGCGCCACUUCAGGAAGAACCUCGGAGCUGUCAUUAAGAUCCAGGCUUUUGUGAGAGCCAACAAAGCCCGCGGGGACUACAGGAUGCUGGUCCAUGAGCACAGCCCUCCGCUGGGCGCCGUGCGGCGCUUCGUCCACGUCCUGGAGCAGAGCCAGCACGACUUUGUGGAGGAGGCGGAGGUGCUGCGGCUGCGGGAGGAGGUGGCCAAAAGGAUCCGUGUGAGCCAGCAGCUGGAGGGCGACCUGAGCCUCAUGGACGUCCAGAUCGGGCUGCUGGUCAGGAACCGCGCCACGCUGCAGGAGGUGGUGUCGCAGUGCGGGAAGCUGACCAGGAAGAACAGGGAGCAGCUGUCGGAGCUGAUGUGCCUGGACAAGCAGAAGGGGCUCAAAUCUCUCAGCAAGGAGAAGCGGCAGAAGCUGGAGGCCUACCAGCACCUCUUCUACCUGCUGCAGACGCAGCCCGGGUACCUGGCCAGGCUGCUCUUCCAGGUGCCUCAGAACAAAUCCACCACGUUCCUGCAGCCCGUCAUCUUCACGCUGUUCGGCUACGCUUCCCACCCGCGGGAAGGCUUUCUGCUGCUGCAGCUCUUCAAGGCGGCCCUGCAGGAGGAGAUCAGGUGCAAAGUGGAUCACGUCCACGACAUCCUGACGGGGAACGCCGCCGUCAUCCGCAUGGUGGUCAGCUUCUACCGCAGCGCCCGCGGGCAGAGCGCCCUGAGGCAGAUCCUGGGCCGCCCGGUGCGGGAGGUGCUGCAGGAUGCGACCCUCAGCAUCCGAACCGACCCCGUGGACAUCUACAAGGCGUGGGUCAACCAGGCCGAGUCACAGAGCGGGCAGAGGAGCGGGCUCCCGUACGAGGUGAGCCCCGAGCAAGCCCUCUGCCACCCCGAGGUCCAGCGGCGCCUGGACGUCUCCGUCCGCACUCUCCUCACCGUGACGGAGAAGUUCGUCUCUGCCAUCACCUCUUCUGUGGAUCAAAUCCCCUACGGGAUGCGCUACGUGGCCAAAACCCUGCGGGCGUCCCUGGCUGAGAAGUUCCCCAAAGCCUCGGAGGAGGAGCUGGACAAGGUGGUGGGGAACCUCCUCUACUACCGCUUCAUGAACCCGGCGGUGGUGGCCCCCGACGGCUUUGACAUCGUGGACGUCUCAGCUGGGGCAGCCCUGCGCCCCGAGCAGCGCCGCAGCCUCGGCUCCAUCGCCAAAGUGCUGCAGCACGCGGCCGCACGCAAAGCCUUCGAGGGGGAGAACGCGCACCUGUGUGCGGCCAACCGCUACCUGGAGGAGACGCACGGCAAGUUCCGAAGGUUCAUCGCCGCCGCCUGCCGCGUCCCGGAGCCCGAGGAGAGGUUCAACGUGGACGAGUACUCGGAGAUGGUGGCCGUGGCCAAACCCGUCGUCUACAUCACGGCGGGGGAACUCGUCGCCACGCACAGGCUCCUCCUCGAGCACCAGGACUCCAUCGCACCCGACCCCGGGGACCCUCUGCACGAGCUGCUGGAGGACCUGGGUGAGCUUCCCACUGUCCAGGCCCUCGUCGGAGAGAGUGCUCCCAGCCCAGGGGGGGGCACGGAGCCCGCGCUGUCGCAGCUCAGCAGCGUGGAGAUCUCCCUCACCCUCACCGGGAAGCCGCUGCCGGAGGUGGGCGCCGAGCAGAGCGAUGGCAGGAGCUUGCUGCUGAGCACCAAGCAGAUGCUGGUGGACGUCAUCCAGUGCCAGCCAGGAGGGUCCCUCACAGAGAUCCUGCAGACGCCGGCGUCGGAGCUGGAGGAAGCCUCCCACCACCACCUGAUGCGCCGGCGGGCACUGUGGGACUCCCAGACCCCCCCCAGCCUGAAGCACCGCCGCUCGCUGGUGGCCGCCGGCCAGCUGAGCUUGGAGGAGAAGAAGCGGAGGAUCGUGAGGAACCUGCGGCGCCUGGAGGGCCUGGGGCUGGUGGCUGCAGCCCAGCACUACCAGGGGCUCGUCAACGAGCUGGCCAAGGACAUCCGCAACCAGCGGCGCUACCGGCAGCACCGCAGGGAGGAGCUGCUGAAGCUGCGGCAGACGCUGCGCGCCCUCGACGCCAAGACUUCGUUCUACGAGGAGCAGAUCGAUUAUUACAACCAGUACAUCAGGAGCUGCCUGGACGGCCUGGCAGCCGGCCACAAGCUCGGCGGGAAGAGCAAGAAGCUGCAGCCCCUGCGCUACAGCGCCGCGCGGCUCUGCGAGAUGGGGGUGCUGCUGGACAUCCAGGACCUGCCGGCCAGCCAGCUGAAGAACGUCGUCUUCGACAUCGUCCCGUGCCAGGAGCCCGGCUGCUUCCAGGUGAAGGCCCAAUUCAUGGGCAUCGACAUGGAGCGCUUCCAGCUGCGCUACCAGGAGCUGCUGCAGCUGCAGUACGAAGGCGUCGCCGUCAUGAAGAUGUUCGACAGAGCCAAAGUCAACGUCAACCUGCUCCUCUUCCUGCUCAACAAGAAGUUCUUCAAGAAGUGAGCGGCGCUUGGGGGGGGGGCGC